UCGUUGAAGUUGGACAUGAUCGAGCCAGUUCUUCUCCGAGUUCUCACGUCCGUGAGGACCAACGCGGAAGAGAAGCUGGCAGCUGUGUCCGCAAUUCUAGACCGAGCUAGCUCUGAAAACUGGUCACCAGAAACCCUAAAUGCAUUGGAACAGCUACUGUACGAGUCUGCGGGUAAAAGCAGAGACUUAGAUGAUGUUCUGACGAGGUUUUUCAAACGCUAUAAAAGCACUUUUGCCGAAAGAGUUUUGACAAGAGCUCAGAGUAUUAGAGAGAAACAAGAGCAGAAGAAAGAGCUGAUUGCAAAAGUGCGCGUAACCCGAGGAAUUGCCGAUCUUCUCAAGCCACUCGUUGACAAAGAGUUUGGAUUAAAUGAAAGGCACGAGAAAAUAUUUGGAGGUGACAUGGUCGGAGCAAACUUUGAAGCUAUUUUCCGCAAUCUGGCGGUCAUCUAUCUUUCCAUCUUUGAUGGAAAGGUAGAAUUUGAUAUUUUAAACAGAGUUGCUGCAGAAAUGAAAAUGUUUGGUGUGAGGAUUUCAUUGGUUGAAGGGCAGGCCGCGUUCUUCGCAGGACUGAGUUUCAAAAACGAGUUUUUAUCUGCCAUAGUUGAUGCCGGACACCAGGCGGCCCAACGCGUUGUUCAGACUAUUCGUAGCGCUAUUGCCGUUUUGUUACAGUUUGUGGCCAAAGCUUUAACUUACCUGGAAGAAAUCCAUAGCCACGCUGAUGAAAUCCUUAAACCCAUCGAGCCGAUUCUCAAUUUGACAAGGAGAGGACUUGAGGCACUCGACAGAGUAGUGAAAUUUGGAGAAGAUGUUCAGACAUUUUUGGGCCAGGUUGAAGACUUCGUGCUUCGUAUGACAGACGUGAACAGGCUAAUUGAUUACAUCGAAUCUCUAAAAAAGAAGUUGACCGAUUUCGUCGCCAAGAAGUUGGGUGAACUAAAGACGUUUGCGAAUCGAACGGUGAGCGAUGCAGUCGAACCAGUUCGCAAAGUCAAGAAACUGAUAGACAAAGGUGUGGGAUACGUCAACCAAAUAUCUACAACGUUAGACAAACUGGAGGCGGGUGAUGCCUCCGAAUACAAUCGCAUUGCGGAGCUGCUGGCGGAUAUGGUGUUGAACGGAAACGACGAAUUUAUUUCGUCGGGUGGAAACGUAUUCAAUAUUGUUCAGAUUGCCUACGCCCAGCUGUCAUCUUUACUAGAUGGAGGAAGUUCUGUUGGUGGAGUUUCUGCUCCGUCUAAUGGUAAGAGCUGGUGGCCUUCUCUUUCUUUUGGGGGAUCGUCCAGCAGCACCUCGUCCAGCAGCACCUCGUCCAGCAGCGCCCCGUCAGGGUCUUUGUUGAACUGGAAGUCUAGUAGCACAAAGAAAUCGACUGGCAGCUCCUGGUGGUUCAGUAGCAUUGACUCGUCUUCCGCGUCGAAGCCUUCACCUACUGCUCCUCCUUCAACACCGUCGACUUCUUCUCUUUUUCGUGAAAUAAAAAGUCUGAAGACUCUUUUCAGCGACUUUAAACAGAUAGCAAAUAGUGUGCUUGCAAGUAAAAAGAAAGGAUCUGUAUCGGUGACGCAAAUCACCAACAUGGAAAAAACUGUUGCUAACUUGGACAGUGCUCUUGCUCGCAGUAAGAGCACGAUCGAUUCGUUUAUUGUCAUGGUGCGGAGCUACUCGGACCUGGGAAAAAUGCUGAGACACUUGAAAUCUUUGGCUAGUAGCAAACUUUUGAAUUCCAAAUUUGUUUCCGUAGACUUGUCGUGGGCUCGAGGCAAAGUAGUCGCUUUGACUAAAGUAUGCGACAAAGUUCAUGAAGUCGUUGACGCCGCCAACGGCCACAUAACAGCUUUUAUCCACGAAGGUGUGGAGGCAUAUGAUGGACUAAGAUCAAAAGUGGAGGCUUAUCUCGGUGACACCGUAAAGCAAAUAUUUGGGAGCUUUGAGUUAGACGGAUCGUCUUUCAGCGUCAUGUCUGUGAAAGACUUGUUCAAGCAAGUGAUGGAGAAAGCUGAAGCACUCUUGGACGCUUUCAUUGAGAACGCAUUGUUUGUGCGCUUCAACAAAGUCGCUGACGCAUUUGUUGGCAACGUUAGCGUUUUCAUAGAUUCUAAAAUUGAAAUUGUUGCUGAUUGGUACGAGAGAAAAGUGACUCCAGUUGUAACUAAGUGGGUGAAUGGUAGCAAGCAGUUUAUCGAUUUGGUCAAACUUGCUAGAAACAUCACAGACUUUGCCAUUAUUGUCGGUGAAGCCGUUCCUGAGGUGAAGAAUACCGCCGAGAGUGUACAAGACAUGAUCGACAAAGUUUUGGACGCGUCCUUGUGGGCACAGGAUAUACUCAUUAGACUGUCUUCUUCAAAAACCAUUGUUGGUUAUGGUGAGCAAGCCAAACAGUUCAUUAUUAAUACCAUUGAAUCAUCGUUGGACGAUUUGGAGUCUAUUCUCCGUGGAAUAGUGGCGGAUUUUAAAAAUUGGAUUAAAUCCGUAACUGCUGAACCAAUCCGGUUUUUGGAACAAGGAGCGGACUUUAUCGACAACGUGGCAGCUCAGGUGUUUGACGUCGGCAAGGAGGUAAAGGGAUACAUCGAUUUUGUGGAUGAUCUUCGAACAGCCGCUCUCAGUGUAAAGAAGACCUUCAACGUCACUUGUAGUUUGAGCUCGAGCGUCGAUAAGGUGGUUAGAUAUGGUGAUACGUUUAAGGCAAUGUGGGUCAAUCUGACGGAAUUGGUGAAUGCAACAGCGGACGGCGUUAUCGACGCUGUGGCGGACGCUGCCGACGAAGUGGCCGAACCAGUCGUUAACUUAGGACUAUCAAUUUCGACGUUUUUAGAGCACCUGAGAGCCUUCGCAUCGAUUCACAAAAACUCCAUGCGCGAGGUUCUUACUCUCGAAUGUGUGGAAAAGUUUUGCGUCGCGGAUCUCUUCGAAGACAACGUGACUCAGCUUGUUGCGGAUGCGGAACAAAUUAUCGAGGAUUUUAAUGCAGUAACGGACUUUGAGGGUAUAGUUGAGCGGACGAAGGGCAAGCUGCUCGUUGUCAGAGACAUCGCGAAAGACGCCUGGAACCAGCUGCUGCUAAUGAUCGAACGAGCAAAAACUGAUCUUGAUAUUUUCCGCCUAGUCAAGGAUAUCAUCAAUGAGCUGACGUCUGACCGUACUUUUAGUGUUAGUGUUGGAGGGCAAAAGUUGAUUAGGAGAAAACGGCAAAGUGUUGAGGACCAGUUGCUUGACGCAGCAAAAAGCACAGCAAUUGACUUCAUUUCUUCUCAAAUACCUAAAGUUAACGCACUUUGGAGUCACGUGGAACGCUUCCUAGAGUCAUCUUUUGUCCAAGGCGCUAUGAAGUUGGUUGAUCAAGUGGCUAAUGCUAACGUGUACGUUUGCAAUUUCUUUGAGUCUUUGGCUUUACCGCAGGAGAUUUUCAAGCCAGUCGAUACGGUCAUGGCGACAAUUCGUAAAGUGGGCGAAAAGCUCAAUCAAUUUAUCGAACAAAACUUUUUGAGGCAUUUGCGUAGCGUGUCGAAUACAGUCGCAUCUUACACGGGAAUCGUAUCUGAUAUGAGAAAGGUGAUCAAUAAUGCUGUUUUUGGAACGAUUGAAUGGGCUUUGGAUGAGUUUCGUAAAUUUGGGACUAACGUUCUUACAAAAGUCAAAGUUUACUUGAGUAAUCUGUUAUUGUUGGACCGUGGUCUCGACGCAGGUGAACUAAAAAUCGCAGAUGAACUUCCCUACUGCUCUGACGAGGUGUGCAUUAGAGUGAAGCCCAGGUCGACACCGAGAUAUCGUGAUUGGUUUUUUCCGAUCAAGUACACGCAUCUUAGGAUUUUACGGAGAGGACGCCAAGUUGUACCAGGCCUUUUUGAGGAUUAUCAAGUUCAAGGAAUGACGUCGCUUGACUGGGACGGUACUCAUAUUGCUUUGUCUAUGUUUGGCACAGGCAUCAACGAAGAAUUGCCAAACCUCUUAGUUGUCAUUCACAAAGACUCGGGAAAGAUAAAGAGACUCUAUCGCCUCUUCAGGGCUAAUGGCGAACCUCUAUCACUACCAUUAGGAUUGACAAUAGCUAACAGUUACCUCUGGUUUGCAGGAAUAGAAAUGGUGACAGAUACCACUGCGAAAGAUAGCGCUGCGAAAGGCGUUUUGUUCGGUAUCAAGACGUCUGAAUUGGGUAGUUAUUCAAACACUGAACCCCCCGUGGACUUGACAGUGAAUGCAGAGUAUGAUACAGACUCAUACGGUACUGGGAUAUCAUAUUACGACAAUUAUCUGUGGAUCGCGGAUUUCGUCGACAGAAUGAAAACUGCGUUAGGAACAAAACUAGUUGCAGGACACAUAAGCAGCAGAACUCAGUACGGAUGGGCUGCAGCUUAUAAUCUCAAUUCAGACGGAGAAAUGGUCGCAGGAAAAGUCAAAGUCGGAAAGCUGCAAGUACUUAAACCUGCUCGCGCUGUCACCAUAGGAGAACACGUUGUUGGUUUCUUACCUUUUGAUCAGGCAUGGACACCGUAUUUUGGUAUUCUUAGAUGUGUUCCCAAGCCCGGGUAUAUUUGUAAGGUCGAAUUUAUACAGCAGCCCAACAAAACUAGCAAGAUGAGUAGCGGAGUCAUCAACGUACCAAUUCGGUAUGGAGUGAAAGUACCAUUGUCAAGGGGAUUUCCGGUUCCUUCCGGAGCGAUAUCACUAGCGUACAUAGAAAAAUCGAGAGAGCUGACGCUGGCCUUUAAAAGUGGAGCUCAAGCAGAGCAAGCAUUGAGAUGGGUUGUUGGAGGAGAUUUGGAAGACAGCUUUUUCUGGUUGGCAGUUCCCGUCUUGGAGAACUCUCUCUCACUCAAAGACGCCGUGAAGAAAAACGAGGUGUUUUUAAAUGUUCUUGGGAGGACUGUAGUUGCUCCGCGACCGUUGAUACCUUUAGACAAGAAUAGACGAAAACGAGACGACGACUAUACUGAUUGCAUCACGGGCGAAGACGAACUCUACAAGAUUACCAAAACAUUUGUUGAAACGUGUUUUACGUGCUUGUAUAGGCCAAUUCUGUUGGGACCAUUUGGGGGAAUCAUUAUUAAAUUGGAUUACGCGGCAAGAGGUACUUUGACAGUGAACUACAUAAUGGGAUUGUGUCCAGCAAAACUAGAAGCAAAGGCUUCACUUACAGGAAGAGCUUCUCUUGAUGUUGAGGCCACAGUUGCUCUGAGUGCUCUUUUUUUCGAAGCGGGUGCUGGAAUAGAAGCAACCGUCUUGGACACUAGCCUUGUGCCCACACUCACCCUUCGUUUGAAAGGUGCGUCACUCCAGGUGUGCGCUGAUCUGAAUCUUGUCACAAGGCCAUUGGCUAUUCGCGUAUUCGCUUUUGUUCGUUUGCUUGGUCCAAAGAUCAGCUGCAAGGCAUGGGCACCAAGUUGCAGAAUUUAUCUCGGUGUAUACGUUGAGCUUCAAGUGACAAUAUUUACCUGGUCUGGUGGAGAGUAUGCAGUGCCACUACUACCAGAAUCGUGCCUUAGCACUCCCGAUCCGUCCCCUCCGAUAAAAGGUACAGUUGAGGCAGUGCAAGCAGACUGGCAGUCACUCAGUGCCAACUGGGUUGGGUUCAAGGACGACGAGGCGGAAUACAUAGAAUACAGUGUCUUUGCCGGUACGGCACCAGGACGAGACAACGUGAUGAAAGCACAAAAUGUCCAGAAGAAAAGUCUCUACGCCGGAGGAGGUUUGAAAUUCAGCCACGGGGAAAAUGUGUUUGUGACGGUAGUCUGUACUAACUCUGCUGGUCUUAAGACUGCGGCGACAGCAGAGCCAUUUGUCGCCGAUACUACUCCGCCGGUAGUGGACGGACUCCAGGACGGUCCCGGUCCGGACGACGCAAAAUACAGUUCCAGUGAGAGCUCGCUUCAGGCUCACUACAACGAAAUCAGGGACGAGUCGAACAUCGAAUCGAUUGUAUUUGGCAUAGGAAAGGUACCCGGAGGUGAUGACUUGCAAGAGUUUCGUGAUGUGAAGAGCGCAAAAGUACUUUCCAACUUUGACGUGUCUCUGGAAAAUGGAGUCACAUACUAUUUUACGAUUAAAGCUCUGAACAUUUAUGGACUCGAGUCGAUCACAUCGACUAACGGAAUUUUAGUAGACUACACUAAUCCUGUUGCUGGCUACGUUUACGACGACAGUUUGGACUGUAAGAAAGACAGUGACUACCAAGUGGCCAGCAUAUACUUUAAAGCUUGUUGGUCUGAAUUUGAGGAUCCGGAAAGCGGCAUCGACUAUUACGAGUGGAAACUUGUGAGAAGCGAUGGACUCGAAGUAUUCCAGUAUCUAAAUGUAAAAUCGAAACUCUUUGGCUACAAAGCGGGAAUCUCACUAGUGCUCGGUAGAAACUACUUUGUAACAGCUCGAGGGUGGAACAAAGCUGGACUGCCAACCGAGAAGAGGUCGAACGGAACGUAUGUCGAUUACACGCGCCCGGAAUGCUCUCAAGUGCUUGACUUGAUUCCGAAACAUAAAGAAGAUCAAGACUACGUGACGUCUCUGUCGUUCCUCACAGCGUCGUGGUAUUGUAUCGACCGCGAAAGCGGUCUGGCGAAACAGGAGGCUGCCGUCGGCACGUACCCCGGCGGAUCCGAUGUCGUUCCAUUUACGGAGUACCCUCUAACGAAAAACGGAUCUGUUGUUGCACAAUUUAAAGGCGUUCCUAUCAUACCUGGCCGGCCGUUGUACGUGACUAUCAAGUUGACAAAUGUUGCCGGCCUUCGUCGAACGGAAUGGUCGGAUGGUAUCGCUUUGGACAACACUCCACCAGUCGCUGUCGAUAUCUACGUACGAGAUGGACCCGGAGUACGUGGCACGCUAGACGCCGACUUCCAGAGUUCAUCAAAGCUUUUGCAUGUGCGGUGGCACGGCGCAUUUAUCGACAACGAGAGUCCGAUCGUUGACUGUUUUGUCGGAAUCACUAACCUGAAGGGGUCGACUGUGCGAUCAGAGAUCUCUGUUGGUAAGGUGAAAGAAAUAGCUUUCGAUGGUCUGGGCCUUAUUAGCGGAGAAGUCUACAAUGCAUCAGUCCGAUGUAUUAACGCCGCUGGUUUGGAUACUAAGGUGUUUACUGAUGGAGUUUUGGUUGAUACGACACCACCCAAUAUAGGGGUCCUCUACGAUGGCCUUAACGUUGGGCAAGAUAUCAAGUACUGGGAAUUUUCAACUUCUUCUUGGGCUAACUUUCAAGCUUGCCUAUGGUACAAUUUGAAGGCUGAAUGGCCGCCUCCACCUCCGGGCGUCAGCAGUACACCAAAACCAACAAAAGUAAAUUGUAAGACCGGCGAGUGGUAUGAUGACGAGAGUGGUCUCCAGUACUUCCAAACAAGCGUCGAAUCUAAAGACAACGUGACAGUGGCUUCUUGGAAGAGAGAACAAACGAGCUUUACGGUCAUCGGUCGGACGAUGAAUGGCCAACAUGGAAAGUUGUAUGCUUUCAGAUUGCGUGUUUACAAUCGUGUAGGUCUGUACUCCGAGGCAUGGACAAACGGCAUCAUAGUUGACGAAACUGUAACCGAGCUGGAGAAUCUAAUUGAGUACGACAGUACCAUUACAACAACCCCAGAAGACGUAGAUUACAUUCUAGUCAAUCACUUGAAACUUGCGGCCAACUGGGACGCAAAGGAUGACGAGUCUGGAGUUGAGCACACUGAUUGGGCUAUCGGUUCAUACUGGGGAGGACACGACAUUGUCGAUUACACGACUGUUGUCAGCAAGCCCGUCACUCAUAGCAUGACCGACCUUGAUCUGGGAAAGAGAUACUACGUUCUCGUCCGUAUUACCAACGGCGCCGGACUUCGACUUGUUGCGUCUUCAGACGGUGUGAUGGUCGAUUUUCAAGAUCCUUCCGAAGGUUACGUUCAGGACGGCUGGGGCACGUCAGACGUAGAAUAUCAUCCAUUAAAUCGAACUGCUUGGAUGAAAUGGCGAUGGGUUGAGGACUUUGAAUCGGGAUUGGACACUAUCGAAGUGGCUGUUAGUCUAAGAGAGACCGAUGCAAUCUUUAAGGAAGUACCGGUUUCAAGCACCAGCGCAGUCGUGUCGGAACUCAGUAUGGUGUCUGGCUCCAAGUAUAUCGCCUAUGUCAGAGCUACAGACAAAGCUGGUCUGUCUAAAGUUUCGAAAUCUAACGGUUUCAUAGUUGAUACGAGUCCUCCUCGAUGUAAUGCAGUGCGUGAGGGCUUUACGAGUGGUGCAGACAAUGACAUCAUAACGACAACGACCUACCUAACCAUCAACUGGGACGUUUGUGUUGAUGCGGAUACCGCCGUGAGACAAUAUCAAAUUGCAAUCGGUCGAGAUUCGAAUUUUGGAUCCUUUUUUGAUUAUGAGUUGCGAAGUUUUGGAACUCAAACAAAAGCAGCUUAUCUCGGAAUUGCUCUGCAGCAUGGUGUCAAAUAUUUCACUUUCUUGAAGGCAAUCAACAUGGCUGGUGUGUCGAGUUGGCUCGUGUCUAAUGGAGUCACAGUAGACUUGACGCCUCCGCAGUGUAGUCAUUUUGGAGACGGGUUGACUGGCGAUAAGGACUAUGAAUCGGCUCCGGGUUACCAUGCAGUUAACUGGAUGUGCAGUGAGGACGUCAGCACUAUAGUCAAGACCGUUUUGUCCGUGGGUACGUAUCGUGGAGGAUUCGAUAUCCGACGGUCCGCCGUGGAUGUGUUAGCAGGAAAAGAGGUCGACACGAAGACGACUCUGCGAGAAGGCAUAACACUGUUUGCGACCCUGGCACUUUGGAACUCUGCCGGAUUGACGACCGCAUACACUACCGACGGUCUCUCGGUGGACACGUCGCCUCCGUCCGCACUCUACGUACGAGACGGUCUCGUCUCUAAACCCGACAUAGAUUACCAGUCGUCGUUGAAGAGUUUAUCGGCCAACUGGCGAUUUCAGGACGCCGAAAGUGGAAUGGACUACUAUGAAUUGCGAGUUCUACCGUCGCCUGGCGAUGUGCCCCGAUCAAUAAAAGUAACCGCGUCACAUGCCACAGUUCUCAGUACUCUAGCUCAAGGCGUCGUGUAUCGUUCCGCCGUGAAGGGAUUUAAUCGAGCCGGACUUACAGUAUCCGCCGAGUCUGAUGGUGUUAAAGUAGAUUCCACUCCGGCCGUUUGCUCCUACCUCAACGACGGCUUUGUCGCCAAGGCGGACGUCGCUUUCAUGUCCGUGUGGGACUCGCCUUCAGCCAACUGGCAAUGCAGCGACGCAGAAUCCGGUAUCGUGGCGAUCAAAUGGCGGGUAUUUCAACGUCCAAAUACUUUGUUGAGAGAAGUGGACGUCGGCAAAACGGCAACGCGCGUUUUAGCGUCGGCUGUUACCUUGAAGGACGGUAAGAGUUACUACACUGUGUUGACGUUGCAAAACGCUGCGCAGCUGUAUGUGAACGUGACGUCGAAUGGAUUUGUUGUGGACUCGACGCCACCGGUCAUCGAGACGUUUACCAUAACAUACAGUGCGACAACUCGUUCUUUCGACUUGACGUGGAGUGGUAAAGAUGCUGAGAGUGGGAUAGUCGACUACAGUAUUGCAAUCGGCACCGAAGAAGACUUGGCUGACGUCCUUCCACUGAAAUCGUUUGCUACAGCAACGCAGGCUAGUACUGCAGGUCUCGUCACACUGGAUUCACCAAAGACUUACUUUUUCACUCUUACAGCGGUCAACGGAGCAUCUGGGAAGACGUCGAGUAGCGCGAGCGCCGUCACUGACGGAUCGGCGCCGAUUUUUGAGGGCUCCGCUGUGGCGACGGUAAUCUAUCCGUCGCGGGCCUUUACCCCCGAUGAAACGCAGAUUAGCGAUGCCGUCGUUCGGGUUGAGUGGACGAAAGUAACGGAUGCCGAGACAGGCGUAAGAGCAGUGAGAUGGGCAAUCAAAGAAACAGGAAAAUCCGUGAAGGCAGACUAUCCCACGUACACGUACAGUCCGUUUUUCUCAAGUAAAGGAAACGUGGGAGAAAUACAUCAGUUUACUCUUACAAAUAAGGUGACAUACGAAGUUAUACUGGAGGCUGAAAACGGUGUAGGGUUAUCAAGUUACUUGCUAUCGGCGAGUUUUACUAUCAAGUUUGGAGCCUUUGUUCCGGGUAAAGUACUCGACGGACCGAACUAUGACGACGAGGAUUAUCAGCCCCACACAGCAGGAUUAUGGGCUAGAUGGGAGAACUUUAAGGACGAGACGGAAGGAAUCAAGUCGUACGCCUUGGGAUUUGGAACUUCGGCAGGAGCGACGGACGUGCAGAAACUGACUGAUCUAGAAUUGGCGCUUCAGGGUCAUGCUGUUGGCACGCUGACUCUUCAGGUAGGAGUAACGUACUAUGCAACCGUGGUGGCCACCAACAAUUUGGGUGUGACUGUGUCUGCAACGUCGAAUGGUAUUACGAUCGAUAGUACAGCUCCGACGUGCGAGUCGAUUGGAUUCGGCAUGUCAGGAAAUUUGAAGUAUUUUAGUUCAUCUCGAAAUGUUUGGAUUUCGUGGAAUUGCAGUGACCCUGAAAGUGGCAUCGACCAUUAUGACAUCGCUUUGGGAAAAAGACCUUCUGGCAACGACUUAGUAGCGUUAAAGAACAUUCCGGAACAGAGUAAUUAUCAACUGCCACCGUUGAACUUGACGGAUGAUACAAACGGUUACUUUACUUUGACGACAUUCAAUAAAGCAGGAUUGUUUACUAUAACAAACUCCGAUCGAGUUUUGUUUGACUUUCAUGUUCCAGACACCGGAACGAUUGCUUUGUCUUGGGAAAACAAGAGAAUCAGAGCAACCUGGUCAGGAUUCAAGGACGCUACAGGCAUUGAUUAUUACGAAUGGGCAGUUGGCACAUCCGAGGGAGAAGACGACGUUGUUCCAUUCGCGAAAUCCGGUUUAUCUACAGCGGUUUUGACCAAUGAAUUGGCAGUCGUCAGCGGGACGUCCUAUUAUGUAACCGUCAAAACGACUGAUUUGGCAGGCAACAGCGCUACCGCUUCCUCGCCUGCUCUGGUCUCCGAUCUUACAACUCCUAUAACCGGUCUUGUAGCUGAAGACAGUUUUCUUCAAGAAUUAGAUUAUUUUACGGGCCAAGGUCGACUUCCGGUUGUUUGGGAAGAGUGCAUCGAUGACGAGCUACCAAUCACUGAAUACCUGGUUAGCCUUCAGACGUCUGACGGAAAAGACGUAAAGAGUCCGGUCUCAGUUGGACUGUCAACUAGCUACAGUUUUAAGACGUCGAAUCUGAGUGCUGGUGUUCGAUACUACACAAAAGUGACCUGUCGAAAUUCGUUGAAUCUCCAAGCGCAUUCUACUUCCGAUGGCUUUCUUAUUGACGGAACGAAGCCGACGUUGGGACAAAUUACAAUCGAAGUGCCCGAUGUUAGCAAAUCGGUUCGCUUUCUACCUUGGACUGAAAUUGUGAACGUGAGCUGGUCGGGAUUUUCCGAUGCCGAAAGUGGUCUCAGUUACUAUUCAUGGUCGCUGUGUAGCGGAGAUGGCACGGACUGUCCUGUUGCGGUGGAAAACGUCGAGCUGCAAACGAAAGUCAGCAAGGAGGGCGUAAAUUUCAACUCUCAACGGUGUUACAUAGCCAAAGUACGUGCUGUCAACAAGGCAGGCUUGUCAUCAGAAGCGGCAUCGGAUUGCAAGAUUUUCGACAAGACUCGACCUAUUCCUGGCACACUGACCAUUGGUGGCAACACCCACUCUUCAUUCUGGAGCAAAUCUACUUCCAUAACCGUGGUGUGGAAUGGUUUCCAGGACGACGAGAGCGGAAUUCAUUCCGCAGCGUUGUGCGUUGGCACUAAGCCAGAUCUUUGCGACGCCAAGGCGGAGACUAACGUGACGCUCAAGGAAGGUUCAAUAUAUGUCAAUCAAGUCCAACUUCAACACGGGCGGGAGAUUUUCGUUUCUAUCGUGGUCGUAAACCGAGCCGGUCUCUCGGCUCGUGCAACGUCUUCCGGUACAGUAAUCGACGUUACUGCUCCCACAACUGGCGUUGUAAUAGACGGACUAGGUCCAGACGACGUCCAAUAUCAAAUCGUGACGUCGACCAUUCAUAGUGAGUGGUUCGACUUUUUCGAAGAUGUUAGCGACAUAGACUUUUACAAAUGGGGAUGCGGCACGAAGCCCGGACAGACAGACGUCGUGCCGUUAUCAAAUGUCGAGUUGAAUAACAGUGCGUCAGCCUUUGGUCUAUCGAUGACUGCAGGAAUGGUGGUCUACAAUUACGUUAUUGCCUAUAAUUCUGCCGGAUUGAAGUCGGGUGUUUCGUCAAACGGUUUCCUUGUGGACAAUACGCCGCCCGAAUUUGCUGUCGUCGGAAUGGGAACUAAGAGUAAACCGUAUGGCAGAUAUGAGGUACUCACCGGUGAGAUCGAGGCGUUCUGGGACGUGACCGAUUUAGAGUCAGGCGUCCGAGAGGUUAGUUGGUUUCUUUGUGAGAACGAAACGGGAAUCCAGAAUUGUAUACUCGGUCCUGUCAGUGUGGGAAAUGCUUCGAAUGCUACCGCUGCCGUCGAUGUCGUGGCCGGUGUGUGCUAUUAUGUGUCCGUCGAGGCUGUAAACUUUGUCAGUCUUGUAUCCCGUUCGAAGUCGACGUGCUCGUCGUUCGACGGCACCAUUCCUUCCGAGGGAACCGUCUACCACGGUGACAGUGGAGGGAACUUCGAAGUGCAGUCCGACAAAACGACGUUGUGCGCCACGUGGUUCGGCUUCGUCGACAACGAGAGCCCCAUUAUGAAGUACCAGUGGAGCAUCGGAACGAGGCCGGGUUUACAUGACCUCAUGUUGUUUACUGACGUUGGACUGAGGACGAGUGCUGUCAAGUCUAGGCUCUCGUUGACAGACGGCUCGUUAUACUUUAUAAACGUUGCAGCUACCAAUGCAGCAGGUUUGAGACGAACGGUUGAAUCUUCCGGAGUGUUGAUCGAUAGCAGCGCCCCCAUUGUUGGCCAGGUGUACGACGGAUGGGAAGACGACGACAUCGAAUACUCUCUAGACUCAACGACAGUUUUUGCUCGUUGGGACUCGUUUACCGAAGACUGGAGUCGCAUCACGGAGUGUAGCUGGUGCGCCGGCACAGCACCGGAUAGUUGCGAUAUCUCGCCUUCUAUUGUUGUCGAAGAAACAGAAGUCUUUUCUACCGGGCACAAAAUAGCAAACGGAACGAAAGUGUACGUGAACGUUGUCUGCAAGAAUUCAGCGGGCUUGAGUUCUGGGAGCUCAUCGAAUGGCUACGUCGUUGAUACGACGCCACCCGUGUCUGGGAGCGUGAAUUUUGGAGACGAGGCGGGUGUUGCUGUUGCAGGGUACAUCGAGAAUGCAGCAAAUGUGUCAGUGGAAUGGAGUGGAUUUGCUGAGACGGAGACUAGUAUAGUGAAUUAUCGUGUGGCUUUAGCAACACGGGAGGAGAUAACGGAGAAUUGUGAGAGUCUUCAUUAUUUGAAUGCCGGGCUAAGAACAAACGUUUCCUUGGAAUUAUUCACGUUGCUUCCUGGUGUACAAUAUCUUGCCGUAGUGCGCGCUACCAACGUCAUCGGGCUGUAUUCCGAAGCUAUAAGCGGUGACAGGAUUGUGGUGGACGCUACGGAACCAACCGAAGGUGUCGUGUUGGAUGGGCGAAAAUACGAUGUCGACGACGUCAACUAUCAAUCAGAUCAUCAGUCUCUGUCUGCUCACUGGACUGGAUUUAGUGAAGACAUCAGCAGCGUGUCGGAGUACGUCUGCUGUUUCGGCUCCGGUAAUGAGACCGAUUCUCUUGGAUGCGCGAGCGUUGGGCUGAACACCGAGGCAACAUUGCCCGGUUUGUUGCUCGUUAGCGGUGUGCGUUACAAAGCGAUCGUGACGGCAUUCAACAUAUUGGGCGGGAGUCAGAUUUCACAGUCUGACGGCGUGGUCGUGGAUCUCACACACCCUAACUCGGGGAUCGUAUACGACGGAAUAAACUUUGUGGACCUCGAAUACCAGUCGAAUCCUACGACUGUAUCCGCUAGCUGGUUGCGGUUCGAAGACGAAGAAAGUCACAUUGACGAUUACGUGUGGGAAGCAACAUCGCCUGAUUAUGCGACGCCUUACAUCAGUAAGAGAUCGGUUGGUAUUCAAUACCGUGCGAUUGCUUCUAACUUUGCCAUAAAGUCUGGUGCGAAAAUCGUCGUUGUAGUGACGGCUUACAACAAAGCAGGACUAAGCACCUCUGUUGCAUCGGAUGGUGUUGUAAUUGAUACAAUCCCUCCUAUAGCCGGAGAGGUAAAGGAUGGCCUCACUAUUGGAUAUGACAUUGACUUUCAGAAAGUGGACAACAACGCCCUUGGUGCACAUUGGUUUGGCUUUGUCGAUGAAGACAGUGGAAUUGCCGGAUACUCAUAUGCGGUUUUGACGGAUAGUUAUAACGAUUCGCAAACGUGGCCCUUGGUCGGAACCAUAGUCGUCGCAGAGACGAAUGUAUUGUCUAGCGACACAGAAGCUGAGAUGUCUCUCGAUGCUGUUCAUUUGGGACGCAGAUACUACUUCGAAGUUACGGCGUACGACAACGCCGGUUUGUCGGUUUCUAGGAUAUCCGACGGAGUCGAAAUAGUUGAGAACGACAUUUGUUUCGACUUGGCGACGUGGGAUGGCGAUGUCGGGUACGACAUCAACGCGACAAGACGAUCGGACGGAAUCGGGGCGUCUGUGAAGCUAAUCGAACAAUCUCUUUCUUGUCCAUUGAACAAUUCCGUCGGUGUGUCAUCGCUUGUGUCAUCAGACUUUUAUUAUUCGGUAAUUCGUCUUAGCGAAAACACAACAGUCGAACACGAGAAUGCAUCUCAAGCCGAAGAAACAGCGGUUCACAAUGAGACGUGGGCUUUGAGGUACGAACAACCCGAUUCGCCGUGUUGCUUAGGAGGCAAAUUGCCGCUACAAAUGGGACAGUCCGAUUCGAGUUUGUCUUUGGUCAGUUUGAAGGGAAACCCGGCGUUUUCUCUACUUGCUCAUGACACUUUAGUAGUAGCUUCAAAAUAUGUUAUCGCUUUCGUUUCACGUUGGGAUACAUCUGAUGUACAAAUAUUUUCUGCCCCGAGAGACGACAGUUCGAAGUUCCCGGCAAUCGACGCUGACGCCGAGGGUGUCAUAAUUGUCGUCGUUUACAAAAAUUACAUUUUCAUUUUCGUAUUUUCUCAAUCUGCACCGGACAAUACAAAGAGCACGAAGGCGGUUAUUUCAGCCACUCUGACUCCUCAAAAUGUGAGCACGAGUUCGUCACACUUUUGUCCAGAGCUAGAAGUUCUAGGAAACACCGCCUUCUUUGCUACCACUGAUGACGUGGGUAACGUUGAGAUUGCGAUUUACGUACAAAACGGACAGUGGCAGAAGGCGGCGUCGUUUAGCGCAAGAGCUAUGUCGGAUUGCAAUAUUAUUAUUACCGCAAGCUCGACAGGAACGGUCGCCGUCGCUUACCCUGCAACUGGACAGGUGGAUUUGUAUUCUUACGAUCAAGCCUUCGCCACAUUUGAUUCGACUAUCGACUCCGCCACAGUGGCUCAAUUUCCUUCCACUUUUACGACUGUACAGUUCAUUCCACGUACUAGCUUGAUUGCGGUUGGAUCAGCAAGUGAUGGCACAGUGGCCAUCUUUUCUUUAGACCGCACUGGAUAUCUUUUCAAGACGCGUUGCGAGUUGUCCAACUCGAGUUUUGCCGGGAAGUUGAGCGUCGACGUAGACGACGAUGUUGCUUAUCUGGCGGCUUACCUUCCGUCUGACGACAGUGUGACUAUCGCUCAUUUCGACGCGGAUUCGAAUACCUGCGAAACCUUCGGAGUAAUACGCAGUCUCAAAUACCACUCUGUGUCUGAUUCUGCGCAUGCGCAAAUUAAAAAACAGACGCUAGCCGUCAUGGUUCACUCAUCGAGAAGCAAAGAAACGACAAUCGAAUUGUCAGCCUUCUGUUAUCGAAACAACACGCGAAUGAAGACCGGAAUCUCUCACAUUCCCAGCGUUUGUCGCCCAUGCGCGACCGGUGAGACGUCGACGGGUGGUCUUAAGGACGACUGCACAAACUGCGAUCAAACGACCUGCGCGAAUUCGAGCAACAACCACCUGGACGUCUGGAUCGACGAACUGAGUCUUGAACUAGGCAACAGCUAUCGUGUAAGAGUGAAAGCGGAAGAUAACGGCGAAAGAUCAUUGACUGUCGAUGCUCCGUCGAUUGUAAUCGACUCGACGGAACCGCUUCCGGGUGAUGUGUUCGACGCGUUGGGUCAGAACGAGCUGGACGCCGUUAGCAAUACGGAUUUUACCCCGACAGUAAGCUGGGGCGGCUUUUACGACGAAGAGAGCGGAAUUAUGGAGUACGCUUGGUGUAUCGGAACGCAGCCGGGCCGUUGCGACGUACAUGAAAUGCGCAAUAUCGGCCAUGAGGUCACCGAACGCAAAUGCAGUCUCUGUACGAAACUGUCGGCCGGUCAGAAAUAUUUCUCAACCAUAUUUGCAUCGAACUGGGCCGGGUUGACCGUUUCUGCGUCUUCGAAUGGAUUUAUUAUUGAUACGACGCCUCCGACGAUCCAAUACGUUCGCGACGGACAGAAGGGACUCUCGGACUCGGACACUCAGCAGGCCACACAUUUUCUUCAAGGAAAUUGGGCUGCAGGUGACGCUGAGAGUUCGAUCGAGGAAUAUCGCGUAGGCUAUUAUGCGUUUGAGACGGAUGUCAUAGACUAUAAAUCUGCAGGACAAUCGGAAGAAUGGAGCAUCAAUAAUCUGCGAUUGAGGUCCGGAAUCUUGUACUACUUUGCGGUACUAGCCGUAAACGGUGCAGGUUUGUCUACGUUUAAACGGAGUGAUGGAGUGUCUGUCGGCAAGACCACGUGCGGAAGCGGAGGUCUAUGUCAAUUGGACGAUGUAGACAUUGUUAUCGUGGAUGAGACUGGAGUCGGAGUGUUGAAUGAUACUGAAGUCGGAUCGUCGAAUGACACUGAUCCUACUAGCGAUACAGUUUUCAAAAGUGGGACUGUUGGAGCUGUUGUGGUGAAGAGUGCAGGUGAAGGUGAUGUUGUCUCGGUGGAACGUGUAGAUGUCACUAAUGAGAAUGUGACGACGGUGGCGGGUGCGGAAGUCUCUAAUCCGUAUACAUCCACGCCUGUAGCAUCGAUGUUUGGUAACUAUUCACUGGUUAUGCAAGGCGGAAACGAGAACGGAAGAAAACGGCGGUCGACAACACCUGGCAACGAUACUCAGACACCUUUUAACGAUACUCAAAUACAUGUCAACGAUACUCAAACAUCUUUUAACGUUACUCAAACGCCUGUUAGCGAUAUUCCAACACUAGUGGAAAUUGUCAUUGCCUACGACGUAGAGUCAUUGCUGAAAUCAAAUCCGUUACUGACGGAGCCGGGAGUGAACGAGUCGACGGUGGAAGUGUCGCUACAGCAGUGGAACGGUAACGGUUGGACAAAGGAGGGAAACCAGACCGUCGACGUGGAAAGCAGAACAAUACGCAACGUCGUUUAUCUCUCAGGACCAGUUCAGUUUGCUCUAUUCUUUACCUAUCCAGAGAUGUUUGGUGUAUUUCAGUUUGCCGACAACCACGUUUGCCUAUCCGAGGGAUCUUCUUCGAACCGAGUGCUCGUCUUGCGGCGUUUCGGCUUUUUCGACGACGUUUCGGUAUCUUGGAAGGCAGAGAGCAUUUUUGGAUUUGCGUCACAGUUCGUCGACACCGGAGUUCUAUACUUCACUGAAGGCCAGAGAUCAAACUACAUCGACUUGUAUCUAAGGACUUUGGCUAAGGGAUACGGUAGGGUCGUCGUUACUCUGGUGACGUCACACGACAAGUCGUUAAUCGAUUCUACAAGGGACGUUGUUCCGGUGACGGUCAUCAGUGCCAACGGCAAUGGUAUCGUUGAGUUUAAAGAUUGGUCGCCAACUUUGUCGGUUGAGGAAGACUCCAAGAUGGCACACUUUGAUAUUGUCCGACGCUGCUACAAAGCCGAAAAAUCUACAAAGCCCGUUCUGCUGCAGCUUCAGUUUCCUCAACCGUCGGGCAAUGCGUCCGACGUCGUUCUUCCGGUGUCGAAGCACGUCAUGCUGGGAGACACGACCGUAUCCGUUCGACUCGAUAUUACGGAUGACGACAAGCCGGAGUUGGACGAGUCGUUCGUUCUCGAAUUGAUCAACGUGCGAAAUGCGGUCAUCGGUACGAACACCAGGGCCACACUGACGGUUGUGAAGAACGACGACCCUCACGGUGUCGUCGAGUUCGCGAACACUUCAAGCGUAGCACGAGAGGUCGACGGAAAAGUGGUGCUGACCGUCGAACGAAGUCGAGGAUUAUUCGGGAAGGUGGAGAUCGCUUGGGCAGCAGUCGACGGCUCGGCGGUCGGUCGACGCGGCGCCGCCAACUGGGAUUACGACAUGGGUUCAUCCGACGUUGUUACAUUUGCCGAGAACCAGAGCAUUGCAGUAAUCUCGAUUCAACUCAAUAACGACGCCAUAUCCGAAUUGAACGAAGAAUUCGAAGUUCGUCUAGUCUCGGCAUACAAUGGUUCACGUCUCGGCAACGUCUUGUCUCACAAAGUCACCAUCCUUCCUAAGAACGAUCACACGCCGUCGUUCGUCGACUCCGUCGUGUCUAAGAAGGUCGACGAGGCGGUAAUAUUCAGUAGAAGUCAUCAGGUGAUAUGGGUUGCUUCUGCUCGUGAUCCCGAUCUCGGAACGAACGGACGCGUUCGCUACUCGAUGACUGGUGGGAACUGCUCGUACGUGUCGGUGGAUCAGGUUUCGGGAGAGGUCGUUUUGUUGAGUCCGGUCUUCGCGUCGUAUGGCAAUCUGUUCUGCUCGGCCGAAAUCACGGCCACCGAUGAGGGUCUGGUUCCUCUGUCGUCUAAGGUGCUGCUCAACGUGGAUCUGGACUUCACGUUUCGGUGUCCGCCCGGAAGUUACUCGUCGACAGGAUCCGUGCCGUGUCUGGACUGUCCUCGUCAUACGUAUCAGCCCUAUUUUGGUCAUCUCGCCUGCAUUCCGUGCCCUAACGGACUACAUACGGCAACGACGGCAGAAUUGGAUGUAGCCAUGUGUAAAGAGCCGUGCUCUGUCGGUACGAAUUCAUCAUUGGGUGGUGUGAAACCGUGUCAACCAUGUCCGAGGGGUCAGUACCAGGACACAAUCGGCAAAACCAGCUGUACGUCGUGCCCCGAGAAGAUGUCGACGGUUGCUCCAGGGUCUGUAAACAUAACCUACUGCUAUGAUGACGUCGAUACCGACGGUGUACCAGACAAGGUCGACAACUGCCCGUUGGUCUCUAAUGUGGAUCAGAAAGACGCGGACGACGACGGCAGCGGCGACGCUUGCGACUGCUUUCCGAUCAAUCAUUGCUUCAACGACGGCGAGUGCGAAGACGACUACCAGAACUUUACCUGCUCGUGCACACUCGGCUUUACCGGCGCUCUCUGCGACGCCGACAUCGACGAAUGCAACGCGACGUCAUGCGCCGACGGCGCGACGUGCGUCGAUUUAGUCGCCAUGACGCGUUGCGCUUGUCCUUCCGGAUACUGGGGCAUCCGAUGCGAACUAUCGUCGAAUUACACUGCGACUGUACACGAAGUCUUCAACGGCUCGUUUGUCAAACAAGUGACGCCUACCGAUCUAGACGAGUUCUCCACGUCGGUCUUUCAUCACGAAAUAACAUCGGGCAACGACGGCGGCUUGUUUUUCAUCGACAGAUUCUCCGGAAACGUUACCACAAGCUUAGGAAUCGAUCGAGAAACGGCAGACGUUCACGUUCUUACCGUCGUCGUCAGGGAGCCGAGGAACGACCCACCGUUGGUUGCUAGGACAACGACGGCGACGAUAACCGUACACAUCGACGACGUCAACGACAACGCGCCCGUGUUUGUAGACAGUGAAUGGAAUGCGACCAUAUCCAAGAGUUAUAAAGCGAACACGGUCGUGACUAGAGUGACGGCAACCGAUCGGGAUAUCGGAUCAAACGCCAAGCUUAUGUACAGCAUCGUACCGGGUGCGGCGUCGGAUUACUUCUGGAUUGAUCCGUUUGACGGGACCGUGCUGCUUAGCCGUUCCAUUCCGUGGAGCGAUCAGUUGAAUAACAUUACGAUCUGGAUUAAUGCGACCGACGAAGGGCUACCGAGUCAGAGUGUGAGACAUCUUGCUGCCGUUCACGUCUGUCCGUCCGGGUACAUCGGUCAGGGAUGUACGACAGAGAGGGACGAAUGCGUUCCGAAUCCGUGCAGCAAAAACGCGCUCUACUGCGUCGACAAGUUUGCGGCGUACCAAUGUGUGUGUCGCACUGGCUUUACAGGCAAACGCUGCCAAUCAGUGGAAUUGCGCUGUCAGUCGGAGAGUGCGAUGUGCUCAUCGUUUCUAACAUGCGCACAGAACGCGUUUCCGUGUGGUGACGACUCCUACUUCAACAAAUCUCUCGCCCCAUUCUGCGACGCCGUCAACGCAUUGCCGGUCGGCAGUUCCGAUAGGCAGUCGGCAGAGGCGGCAUUGCAAUGCCUCCGCAACUCGGUGAUCCGGAUCUUCCAAGAGAAGCAGAUCCAGUGGAGAAAAUUCCCGCCGUUGCCAUCAGAAUGCAGAGACUUCGAGAACGAAAUGUUUUACGACGCCCAUUCGCAAUGCUUUCUCCACAUGUUGCAUAACGCUUCGUUUUCGCCAGACGGAGCUCGCGCGUUCUUGAAAACGGCCUUCCCGACGCAAGACAGGGACAGGGACCGCAGUCUACUGUUGGAUUUGAUAGCGCAACACAAUGACUCUUCGAGCGGUCUACUGGCGUUGAGAUCUGCGAUCGAAGAGAAGGGAUUCGUCAUUUGCUCGACUGUGGACGUCGGUAAUUAUUCGGAGAUUGAGGCAAUAGCCAAUAGGAUAUCGGCUGUCCUGGUGAACUCAUCACAAGCGAACUGCGACGGUAGAAAUUCGAGCACUGGUCGUACGAUUGCGUUGAAAUUGAACUCGACCGGUCCAGACGUUUGUACCAAUCUCUCGCCGUUGGUCACGUAUGCGUCGGCAUGUCCCGUCUGCGGUGACGGCGUCGUCGACUGGCCGGUUGAGGUUUGCGACGACGGCAACUUGCUGGACGACGACGGCUGUUCGGCUCAGUGCCGCGUGGAAGACCAGUUCGAUUGCGCUGCUGGAGACAGCGGCAGUAGCAAGUGCUACCGACGCAUAUGCGGAGACGGAGUGCGAGUUGCGGGUGAGGACUGCGACUCUGCAGGAGAGCCCGGAUGUGAUCGUCUGCUAUGCAUCGUCGAGGACGGAUACGACUGCAGCGUGGAUCCAUACCAUCUUAGCGUAUGCGCUAGCGUUUGCGGCGACGGUAUUCUGGUAAACGGUGAAGAUUGUGAUGAUCAUAAUUUGGAGGAUCGAGACGGAUGCAGCUCGACGUGCCAAGUCGAGAUCGGAUACGACUGCACAAAGACAUACUCAAAUAGCACUUCUAUGUGCGUGCUCAGGCCUAACUAUAAAUGUUCAAGUGGCGGCUGCUACUACUGCGGCAACGAGAUUCUUGAGACGCCCGAGGAAUGUGACAACGGUGGUCCGAUGGACUCUGAGGCGGACGGAUGCGACGGUAGCUGCCGCAUUGUUCCAUACUUUGACUGUGUGAGCACACUCGGAGGUCACACUCAGUGUCGUCAUUAUAUCUUCGAUUUGAGUCGAAACGACGACACUACGUUGGGCAGAUCGAUCGUCUUCACGGAUCCCGGACAAUUGAUAUUCUUAGCUGAACCCAACUAUCUGGACACAUCUCGAUUUGGCGCGAAGGACUGGAACAACUUGACUGUCGUCAUAAAUACGUACAAAUCAUGGAAGCAACCGCAGCUUGCUCUUGAUCUCCAGACGGCUGUUCUUCAUGGAAGAAUAAACAAUGCAGAUUAUAUGGCAAUCUCGUCACAAUGCACGGUAUGGGGACCAGUCGAGAAGAACGGAAAGCUUGUGAUGGUGAUUUCGAGGCAAUACGGUUCAGUGAACUUGACUGCUCUGAUGCUGUCUAUCACGUUUUCUGAGAACGUCACCAACUUCCAACACGCUAAGACGUAUAUUGAUCUGAUAUUGACUGAUGCCAAUAAUAUUGACGCUCCGAUUGCUUCCGUAGACGUGAAAUACGUGGGAAGAAACGUUAAUCCUCCACAGAUUUCCAUAGGAAAUAACAUGCUGCACUUCCAAGAGGGACAUCCAACACCCAUGCCUAUUGCUGGAGGCACUCUAACCCUGAUGGACCCGGAUGACGACUAUUAUCUCAUCUAUUCCGCUACUGUCCAACUCCAACCUUGUAGAAGCUGUCCGGAAGAAGAACGUCUGGACAUAUCACAGUCGAUUGAUGGCGUUACAACGGAGUUUGACGGAGUUAAAGCACUGCUCAGCAUACGCGGAGCUGCAUCUGAGAAAUCGUUCCAGUCGCUGCUGAACUCUGUCACAUACAUGAACAGUGCUGUCGAACCGAAGAGGCCACUGACGAGGGACAUUUUCAUAACCGUUUCGGACGGACUAUUCAACACGUCAGCUUCUAUCCGAGUGAUUAUUCACAAUGUCAACGAUGCACCAACAAUCCGCUUCAACGGCGAAAACACGUGGAAUGUGAAUUUCACAGAGGGACACGGCGCCGUUUUUGUGGCGACCAACAUUGAAGUGGCAGACGAGGACGAGGAGGACAUUCUGACAAUAACACUGGAAAUAAAAGGAGGCGACGAUGGAGAAAUCUUGGAAUUUGCAUCCGGGUUAGAGAACCUGACGUUGUCUUACGGCGCCAACGGUCGCAGUCUCAUCAUUGGAGGAGUCGAGGCCACUCCAGAAGCUUGCUCUCGAGUACUAAAGUCACUCAUCUACGACAGUCUGAAUGCCAAACCUGGAGAUAUGCUACCCUUCCCGAGGUAUGUCAAGUUCACAGCAAACGACGGACGUCUUGACGGCAAGCCUGCAUACACCAAAAUUCACGUGACUGCAGUCAACGAUCGGCCGGUGUUGCACUUUGGUAGAGAUCCGUAUAUGUACGAGAUCGAGGAAAAUCGUCGGCACGCGUUUACGCUGUGGGCGAACGAGAGCGAAAAGCCGCUCCUGCUAAAUGACUUUGUGCUUCACGAUCUCGACAGCAGUGAAGCGAUGAAGGCCGACGCCUUCUUGAGGUUCGGCAGUGUGGAUGAGCGACUGGCAUUCGACUUCUUGGGAGACAUUCAGUAUACCUAUACGACUCGGUGGGUCAACAGCAGCACGAUUCAGUUGACCAUCAACAGUCCGGCCUCGUUCCAGGUUUACAAGAAGAUUCUUCGCUCGUUGCGUUAUGCUGUUACUGAUCGGUAUUCCGUCAAUCCGGGCCGUCGGGCUGUCUCUGUGUCUGUUACAGACAGUUCCGGUUUGGAGAGUGAUCAUCUCUAUGUGGACAUUGAUGUUAAGCAAGCCAUCAAAGAAGUCGUCACCACGGAGACACCGACAACGCCAGCUGUCGUAAUUACCGAUGCACUGGCCGCCAGAAACACUGAUCCAAUUAUCUAUGGAUCGGUCAUUGCUUUCGUCGUUGUCAUUCUCUCCCUCACUGUCGUCUGCAUUGUGGUAUUUCGAAAUAAGUGUAAAGCACAGCGAAAGAGAGACCGCAUAAUGAUCAACGAAAGAUUUGGAAAGUCUAAUCCUCCAAUUUAUCUACCUGAAUCCAAAAAAUCUGACGAUGACGACGACUUGAUUGAACGAUCCAGCGAUCGUGAUAGUAUCGACGACAUGGAAAUGGACUACUUACAAUUUGCUUCUCUUGAAGAGCAACAUGCGGAACGCAUGCAGACAAGAAAGCACGAAAGAUUGGGCACUAAUAAGAGUCAGCAAGGAUUUUCUAAUCCAAUAUUUAGCAAGGAUGGUACACUGCAACCUUUCUAAUUAUAUAAAGAUUGUCUAGUAGACGUAAUUUGCACACACCAGCAUUGUGAUUGAGUUAUUGGUGUAGUUGUCUCGUAUUUUCUAUAUUGCCUACAACUCUAUUAGUACUGUUUCUGUAGUUUUUGAUACGCGUAUACAGUACUCAUGAGUUUUUAUGAAUAUGAUUUAGUAUGGUAGCGGAAAGGUGUGUAUCCUUGGAAUAUGUAUUGUAUACUGAA